UCCAGGGACAGGCGACAGCGACCCGGCCCUGAGCGAGUUGGCAGGACGAGCUCAAGCCAAACGCCGGGGCAGGAGCGACCUCCCGACCCCCUAAACYCGUAUCUGAGCGGAGGAAGGGGCGCCUGGGUCGCCGCCGCACCCACCCGCCAGGAUGCCGGGGGGCCAGUGCCCCUUCCAGACGGAGGAGGCGGUGUGCGACCUUCUUCCUGGACUCCCGCCUGCACCCCUUCCUGAAGCCGCGGCCAGCCGCCGUCCUGCUGGGCUCUGGAGAUGAACGCUCCCCGAGCGCCCCCUGGUGGAUUGUGGAGGUAACCGCCUGUCGAUGCCCAGCGAUGGCCACCGUGCUCCCUCCGGGUCCCCAGGCGGCCUCCGGGAAUGAGACUCUGCAGGUACAUUACAACUACGUGGGGAAGCUGGAGGGCAGGCUGAAGGACCCCUCUCAGGGUGGCAGCACGCUCACCACCAUCUUCUUCUUGGUCGUCUGCAGCUUCAUCGUCUUAGAGAACCUGAUGGUUUUGAUCGCCAUCUGGAAAAACAAUAGAUUUCACAACCGCAUGUACUUUUUCAUCGGCAACCUGGCUCUGUGCGACCUGCUGGCUGGCAUAGUCUACCAGGUCAACAUUCUGAUGUCCGGCAAGAAGACGUUCAGCCUGUCCCUGACGGUCUGGUUCAUCAGGGAGGGCAGUAUGUUUGUGGCCCUCGGGGCAUCCACCUGCAGCUUGCUGGCCAUUGCCAUAGAGCGGCACUUGACCAUGAUCAAGAUGAGGCCCUAUGAUGCCAACAAGAAGCACCGGGUCUUCCUUCUGAUCGGGAUGUGCUGGCUCAUUGCCUUUUCGCUGGGCGCCUUGCCCAUCCUGGGCUGGAACUGCCUGCAGAACCUCCCGGACUGCUCCACCAUCCUGCCCCUCUACUCCAAGAAGUACAUCGCCUUCUGCAUCAGCAUCUUCAUCGCCAUCCUGGUGACCAUCGUCAUCCUGUACGCACGUAUCUACUUCCUGGUCAAGUCCAGCAGCCGCAAGGUGGCCAGUCACAACAACUCGGAGCGGUCCAUGGCCCUGCUGCGAACGGUGGUGAUCGUGGUGAGCGUGUUCAUCGCCUGCUGGUCGCCCCUCUUCAUCCUCUUCCUCGUAGAUGUGGCCUGCAGGGCCAGGGAGUGCUCCAUCCUGUUCAAGGACCAGUGGUUCAUCAUGCUGGCGGUCCUCAACUCCGCCAUGAACCCCAUCAUCUACACGCUGGCCAGCAAGGAGAUGCGGCGCGCCUUUUUCCGUCUGGUCUGCAACUGCCUGGUCAGGGGCAAGGGGGCCCGCGCCUCGCCCAUGCAGCCGGCUCUGGACCCAAGCAGAAGCCAAUCCAGCACCAGCAACAACAGCAGCCACUCCCCAAAGAUCAAGGAUGGCCUGCCCCACCCAGCCGCCACACCCUGCAUCAUCGACGGAAACAGAACACUCCAGAACGGGAUCCUCUGCAAGUGACAUCUCCGCGCGCCCAGCUCUGCAGCCAAGCUCUUAUUUAUUGCAUGUGUCGCUUCCACGGGGACCCUUAAAGAGCUGAGACUCAGGAGAUCUACUUGAUGUUGCCUGAUAACCUGCCCCGGGGGCCGUCUCCUGAGGAGGGGACGCCAGGAAUCACCAAACCAUUUCCAUAGACAGCGUGCUUUGUCUGUGUCGGGCACCGAACUGUGAAGCUGCUGACGUCAUCCACGGCCUUCUACUGAACUCUGGAUGCCUUGAUCCGUUGUUCACAAAGAGGGCAGGUCGGGGGGGAGGGCUACGUGAUGCACAGGGUGUUUCUCAGCGUGCCUCUGGAUGACGUUUUCGUAACUCCACACUACACUGAAUGGGUGCUUGUGUAUCUGUCCCUUUCUGUGUUGCAUGGAAUUCACGUUCCAGGCGUUGGCCGCGUGGUGCUGACCUAAAAGUCUCAGUACCCCGCCCAGUUAGGAAACCAGUCCUGCAAACGUGUUCCKACUGCAGCACCAGGUACAAGGACCUGGGUGUGAAUGAGGUGGGCCUCUUUACAUUGCUGGGAAGCCUCAUGGUAAGAAAAAUGUUAAGGCCUAAAUUCCCCAAAUAAGGCUUCUCCCAGGCCAGCCCCAGAUGUGUGGGUCUGACUAGCCCUGUGUCCCUCUGUCAKGUGUUCCUGGAGAACUUUAAACACAUCCAAAAGUGAGAGAGCACUUAAUCUGGGGGGAGGUGGACUUGUGCAAAUCACAGCCAGGAUCUCCCAAGAGCCCGGGCUCCCCAACUAACCAAAGAAACAGCCCACGAGGGAGGGGCAGGGUUUGCCCUCCAUCCUGGUGGGCCUCACCAAGUCACCGGGGGCUGUGGUAUGCUUCCUGCAACGGGGGAGUUUCCAUCGGAAGGAGAGGGUUAGAAGACAGAACUCUGGUUCUAGGUCAAGUUUGGAUUCUGCACUGGAAAAGUACAGAGUCCGUCAUCUCCCAGAGCUGUCACCCACGAGUAGCUGGGACCGUCAGCAAAAUCAGUUUCCUGAAAGCAGACACGGAUCCCGACUGUUAGAGCAGCUUAAUUGUCAGGUUAGAAAAUGCAAUCUGACAACUCAUUCAGGCUUCAGAGAGAUGCAUUAUAAUACCGACAUGAUACUGUAAUUUUAUUUUUCAACACCAGUUGAACCUAUAUCACUGUGUUUACCUUUUAAAAGAAUUACUAAGAAGCAUCCUUGUUCGUGUUCUUCCCCAAGGAUCGUACAUACAGUAUACACAGAAGGAAAAUGAGUCUGUGUGUAGGGCUGGCAUCGAUACACACUCUCUGUGCUCUUGCCACCUUCAGAAGGCUUCUCCCUUGGGGUAACUUCACGUCAGCGCCCCCUACUGGGUUUUUUUUCUUUUUUAGGGUUAGUGAGAAUUUUGCCUUAUUGAUAUCUAAGAGAGCAAUCUCAACUCAUGAAUGACUCUUUGUUAGAGAAAUUCCUUCCUGGCAAGUUGCUCUUAUCAAGGAAGCUUUCCGUGGGUCCUGGGUAACCUGUACAUACUGACCAAAGACCUUCCUCGUUUUUUUUUUUUUGUUCCUGUUGAGAUAUUGGUGAGGAAAUGCUCCACGAGGCCUCUACUGUUGCAGACUCCACAUCACUGAAAAAUAGCUUAUUUGGUUAUCAGAUAGCAUGAGAAAAGCCAGGGCAUUUCUAGGAAAGCUUUAUUGAAGGUUCUGGAUUAAGAACAAGAACAAUAGAAAUGUAUAAGGGAGACAAAAUGCAUUUUCACAUAGGAAAUGAAAUUUGUGGAGUUGCUUUGGGGGCCUUGGGUCUCUCUGUCAGUAUGCUGUGUCUUACGGUCACACUUUGGUCCAUAACCGUGACUUCUCUAGUAUCUGCACAGGUCAGCUUUCAUUCAUCGACCCUCUUCGGGGGCCACAUCCGUCACUCCCUCCAAGAGGCACUCUACAGGCUUCUUGGAGAUGAUGCAAAAACUUUUAAGCCAUCUGAAUUUAAAAAUACACUAAGAAAGUAAUUAUGCUCAUUUGAUAUAUGCAAAAAACCAACCACCUUCAAUAUCCAUAUGCACAUUCCUAACAAGCUAACCAACUUCCUCACUAGAAGUUGAGUGUGUCCAAGUCGUAGCCCUGAAGUUUGGAAAUAGGGUGAUCUUAUAUGCCACAGAGAAUCUGUGUUAGAUCUCCUUGC